AUGGUGCAGUUCAACGGUCCUCAUGGCAAGGUGACCGUCUCAUACCUGCGUGAAGGGGGUUUGCAUCCUCCGCAAGAACCCAGCAAAAGCUUUGAAGGCAAAACAGUCGUAAUAACAGGAUGUGCCAGUGGAAUCGGUUAUGAAGCCGCGUUGAAAAUUGCAGCGUUGAAGCCAAAGAAAUUAAUUCUGGGAACCCGAACUGCUGCCAGAGGCGAGAAUACAAAGAGCAGCAUCUUGUCACAAGUGCAAUCAUUGGACAAUGCUGUUAUUGAAGUUAUUCCUGUCGAGUACACUUCCUUUGAAUCUGUCAAUCGAUUUGUUGAUGCAAUUAAGCGCACCACACAAACACUAGACUGUGUUCUUCUAAGUGCUGGCCUCGCAUUGCCAACACGUGAAGUGACAGAGGAUGGAUGGCCCACAACCUUCAAAGUCAAUGUGCUCUCUCCCUCUCUAAUCGCCCUUGAGCUGUUACCACUCCUAAAAGCUACUCCAGGGAGCGUCUUGGAGUUUGUGAAUUCGAUAAGCUACUGCAAUGUCACAAGUCAAGAUGUCGCUCCGCUACUUGAAGACCCAAAGGCAAAUGCACUGCAGUUUUUCAACGAUGCUGAGCGGUGGACAACGCAAAAGGCAUAUUAUGAGGCCAAACUAAUGCUCAUGUUUGUUCUUCAGGGACUCGUAGAGGACCUCGGAGGAAGCCAGGGCGUGCUCGGGAACCAACAAGGGCCGAUUGUUUUGGCAUGCUGUCCGGGACAGUGCAAAACGAAUUUGUAUAGAGAAUUUACAAUGGGCGUGAGAGUGUUCAUGACUCUUUUCAACGCCAUCAUAGCAAGAACAGCCGAGCAGGGAAGCAGAACCCUGGUGACGGGGUUGCUGCAGAGCGAGGAGGCGAAUGGAAAAUUAUGGGUGAAUGACCGGUUCGAUGACUGGUCGCCGGGGUUGACAGAGCAAGAAUGGAAUAAUCUACAGGGGAGGGUAUGGAGCGAGGUGAAGGAGGUUUUGAAGAAAUAUCGAGAUUAG